AUGUCGCGGUUCCGCUUGCCGGCCGUUGGCUGGCUUUUGUGGCGCUCUGUAGCAGCCGCAGUAGCGGGUCUCGUGCUUAUAACGCGGACAAAUGCUCAAGGAGACGCGGGUCUGGAGCACGUGAUGUCCUUAUAUCGGGCAUGGGAGGCAGCAUAUGGGCUGCAGGCGGACUCCCCACUUCCCCCUUCCGCCAUCGCUCUCCCCCCGCGCGUUCCCCCUCCCCCCCACCUGGAGGACUGCGUUGCGCUGACUGCCUGGCGCUGGGCGCAGGAGCAGUGGGAAGCGGGGGAAGGGGGGGAAGGGGGGAAAUCAGGAAGUGGGGGGGAAGCUGGGGAUGUGGGGGAAGGAAAAGGGGAAGCAUCAGGGGAAACGGGGAAAGUGGGGGCAGAAAAAAAAGGGGAAUCAGGGGAAGGCUUGCAAGGAAUGGGGGGAAGGGGGAAGCUUCCCCCCUGGGCGGCGCAAUCUCACCCCCAGCCGCCCUGGAUCCUUGGGUCUGACGCGGCCAAUCUGGCGAUGACACGUGUCGCUCAGAGGGACAUCUGGGCGCACCAGUUCCCCCCCGGGGGGGACUGCAGCAACGAACGCCUCCUAUUGGUCGAUUGGCCGAGCUCGGUGCACGGGAUUGGUUCUCAGCUGCACAUCAUGAGCGCAAUUCUGAGCCUUGCAAUGCGGUUCAAAAGGGUGCUGGUUCCCUCUGGAGGGUCGUUCACUCGAGCCAGUCACGCCGAUUGCAAUGCCACAGGCACUUAUGCUUCCUUCCACUGCUACUUCUUCCCCCUCGUCUCGCCUGCCUGUGAAUACCAAGCUGAGCUGGCAGUGGCGGCGGCAGCAGCGGCCAAUGAGACGCUGCCACGUAUGACAGAGGAGAGCAAGGAGGGGGUUCUGGGUUCAGAGCAGCGUGUGGUGUGGUUCCAUGGGGAGCCUUAUAACGGAUUGCGCUUUGAAGGGGAUGUCAGCCGUUGGCCUAAUGCGUACCGUGAGCGACCAAACAGCAUAGAGCUCGUUGGAUUCGUGGGGGAGGGGGAUGAGACGAGACAACGGUCCUGGGGUGUGUUGGGUUGGGGUGUGCUGGGGUGUGCUGGGGUGUGCUGGGGUGUGCUGGGGUGUGCUGGGUGUGCUGGGGUGUGCUGGGGUGUGCUGGGGUGCACUGGUGGCGGGCUCAAUCCACCCGCUUCCCCCUCCGCCUACCUCUGCCACAUCACCAACCGUGUCCGCCACACCUCCUACGGCUUCUCAGUUGCUGCCCGCCUCGCUCCUACGUCCCUUUCCCCCUCGCCUCCUUCCCCCCCUCACUUCCACCUUCCUUUUCAGGUGCACUGGUGGCGGGCUCAGUCUAUUCGUUUCCUCCUCCGCUCCCCCUCCGCCUACCUCUGCCACAUCACCAACCGCGUCCGCCACACCUCCUACGGCCUCUCACUUGCCGCCCACCUUGCCGCCUCUGCCGCCCACCAGGCCGCCCUGGCCCACUCCCACCCGGAGUUUUUAUCCUCGUUAAGAGCUGCUGCGCCGCCGUGUAUAAGCGGCGAUGGAAGCAGUAACAGCGCUGGAGCAGUGGCUCAUGAUAUAAUCGCUAACAGUAGAAGUAGUGAGGGGGUUUCUGACGUAAGCAACAGUGGUAGUGACGCUGGUAACCCAAGCAGCAGCAGUGGUAACCCCAGUGGUAACCCCAGCAGUAACCCCGGCAGUAAUCCCAGCAGGAGCUCUACUGGUAGUAACCCUAGUGGAAACCCUAAAUAUACAGGGGCAUUCCCGUCUGUAGACAGUGUUCUCAAUGGUUGCACUCUGGAGUCCAGGGCAUGGGCCGAGAGGCGACCCAACAGCUGCAGCUGUGGCAGCACAGACAGCACCAGUGAAACAAAUACGGCUGGUGUAACUGAAUCUUCCGCCUUCAGACGUCUUGCUUUUGGGGCCGAGCCGUACGUGCCGCGGCCGAUAGUGAGCGUGCAUGUGAGGCAGGGCGACAAGGGCAGUGAGAUGCAGCUCAACUCCUUUGCAGCUUUCAUGUUCUUUGCGUAUCGGCUGAGACGUGUGGAGCCAGAGUUGAGACACGUUUGGCUGAGCACAGAAAUGCAGGUGAGGGUGUGGGGUUGGCUGGACACUUGCUGUGGGUACACACUGUGUGGGUUACUAGAGAUGCAGCUCAACUCCUUUGCGGUUUUCAUGUUCUUUGCGUAUCGGUUGAGACGUGUGGAGCCAGAGUUGAGACACGUUUGGCUGAGCACAGAAAUGCAGGUGAGACAGUGGGAGUGGGCUGGGCUCUUCUUGGUACUUAUCGCUCAGCACCGAGAUCCAGGGCAGCAAGGGCAUGUGUGGCUGAACACUGAGAUGCAGUCUGUCAUCGACCAGGCAGAUCGAUUCAAGGAGUGGUCUUUUCAUAUUUCCCACGACCAGCGCCAAAGCAGCAACAAGCGCACGGUGGGUUACAAGUCGAGUAUUGAGUCGACCCAAAACUGGGCAUAA